CACCGCCCCCUCCGUCUUCCGGGUGCUCAGGGACGGGUGGGGCGGGAUGGGCAGGAGGAAGACUGUCACAUGACGCUGGAGCACACGUGACUCGGAGUACACAUGACUUCCCUUCGCGGGCCACCUCCGGGAGAGCAAGGACGCGAGGGAGCAGAGAUGGUCCGAGCCGCGCUGUCGCCGCCAUUCCUCCUGCUGCUGCUCUCCUGGGCGCCCCGAAGCGAGGCAGCCCCCGACCAGGACGAGAUCCAGUGCCUGCCAGGGCUGGCCAAGCAGCCGUCUUUCCGCCAGUACUCUGGCUACCUCAGAGGCUCCGGCUCCAAGCACCUCCACUACUGGUUUGUGGAGUCCCAGAAGGAUCCCAAGAGCAGCCCUGUGGUGCUGUGGCUCAAUGGAGGGCCAGGCUGUAGCUCCCUAGACGGCCUCCUCACCGAGCACGGCCCCUUCCUGAUCCAGCCAGACGGUGCCACUCUGGAGUACAACCCCUAUUCCUGGAACCUGAUUGCCAAUGUGUUAUACCUCGAGUCCCCAGCUGGGGUGGGCUUUUCCUACUCCGAUGACAAGUCUUAUGCAACCAAUGACACCGAGGUGGCCCAGAGCAAUUUUGAAGCCCUUAAAGAUUUCUUCCGCCUCUUCCCGGAAUACAAGGACCACGAGCUUUUCCUGACGGGAGAGAGCUAUGCCGGCAUCUAUAUCCCCACCCUGGCAGUGUUGGUCAUGCAGGACCCCAGCAUGAACCUUCAGGGGCUGGCUGUGGGCAACGGACUCUCCUGCUAUGAGCAAAAUGACAACUCCCUGGUCUAUUUCGCCUACUACCAUGGCCUUCUGGGAAACAGGCUCUGGUCUUCUCUCCAGACCCACUGCUGCUCUCAAAACAAGUGUAACUUCUACGACAACAAAGACCCAGAAUGCGUGACCAAUCUUCAGGAAGUGUCCCACAUCGUGGGCAGCUCCGGCCUCAACGUCUACAACCUCUACGCUCCAUGUGCUGGGGGGGUGCCCAGCCAUCUAAGGUACGAGAAGGACACUGUCGUGGUCCAGGAUCUGGGCAACACCUUCACUCGUCUGUCACCCAAGCGGAUGUGGCAUCAGGCACUGCUGCGUUCUGCGGGAAAGGUGCGCCUGGACCCCCCCUGCACCAACACCACAGCCGCCUCCACCUACCUCAACAACCCUCUCGUGCGGAAGGCCCUCCACAUCCCCAACCAGCUGCCCCGCUGGGACGUGUGCAACUUCCUGGUGAAUAUCCAGUACCACCGUCUCUACCAAACCAUGUGUUCCCAGUACCUGAAGCUGCUGGCCGCACAGAAAUACCGGAUCCUGCUGUACAACGGAGAUGUGGACAUGGCCUGCAAUUUCAUGGGAGACGAGUGGUUUGUGGAUUCCCUCAACCAGAAGAUGGAGGUACAGCGCCGGCCCUGGUUGGUGGACUACGGGGAUGGCGGGGAGCAGAUCGCUGGCUUCGUGAAGGAGUUCUCCCACAUCACCUUUCUUACCAUCAAGGGGGUUCUACCAAUUUCCAGGGCUAUUUCGAGUUUCUUCUACUCAGGGGCUCUUAGAACUUAUGCAGCCUCAUCAAGGGAGAAAGCUCGAUGUGCAUGCAGCCUGCAUAUAGGAAAUGGCUGGAAAACAUUCUGGACAACGGUCCAAAGACGACAAGCGACUGCCCGGAAGUGGCGGAGCCGCGCCGCAGCCAAGACCCAGGUCCUCGGUACGUCCAGAGAUUCCGUCACCAGGACUCCGCCCCCAGACCCGCAUGGAACAGCAAGGAAGGACGGCAGGAAGGGGAGGGGGCCCACAGCAAGCGGGGUCUACAGAGUCGGCAGGUCCUGCCACACUCAAGAUGGCGGCGCGGCAGCGGCGAGGUCCCUCAGAGGCGGUACCAGCGCAUGCGCAGCGCGGAGUCCCGGCCCGGGACACAAGAUGGCGGCAGCGGCGUUGGGGAGGGCGAGGCGGAGGCGGCAAAACGGGCGGUCGAGCAGAACGUGUAGUCGCGUCCCCUCGAGUCCGCUGCGGGCAGUUGCUGAUGCAAGGAAUCCCCUGGGCUCCCGUCCACUCCACUGCUGACCAGCCCACACGCCUGCACUGCACACUUUCCUGCAGGCCUCCCCACUGCCUCUCUGGGACCAGGGGGUCUAUCUGGCUGGAGAAGAAGGCCCUCUCAUGCUAGCGUUGCAGACCCCAGAGGGUGAGAGAAAGAGGGACCUUGUUCAGCCUUGAGACCUGUGGGUCCGCCCCGAGGCACCGGGAAUUCCUCUUCCCCAGAGGACCAAGGCAGCUCCCCUUGGUCAGUGGUUCCAAACCUUUUUAUCCUGGCCCCCUUUUGUUGUAUGUGUGUUCUCUUGUUCCCUGCAUUUUUAUCUGCCAAACUGUACAGACGAAGUAACCGUUCAUUUUC